UCACAAAGCUCUGUUUUACAGGAUUUAUGACAUUUAUGCCUCUGACUUUGGAAGAGAAGAAGUUCAGCAAAAAUGUCCAGGAUUGAGAAAAUGAGUAUCCUCGGAGUGAGGAGUUUUGGGGUGGAGGAUAAAGACAAACAAAUUAUCACUUUCUUUAGUCCUUUAACUAUUUUGGUGGGACCAAAUGGUGCAGGAAAAACGGUAAGACUUGCUAUAUAUUUGGGCUUGAGCUGUAAAAGAACAUUCCCCCCAGCUGAGGAGGCACAUAUUCAUUUGGAGCUUGAGGAGAAUUUUCCGUAACUGGGUUUUCUUUUUGCUUCUCCUGAGGUUGCCAAUGAAACAGAUGUGAGGGCUCAGAUCCGGCUGCGGUUCCGGGAUGUGAACGGAGAUGUCGUGGCCGUCCAGCGCUCCAUGAUCUGCACCCAGAAGGGCAAGACCCCGGAAUUUAGAACGCUGGAAUCUGUCAUUACUAGGACAAAGAACGGCGAGAAGAUCGGCAGCCUGAGUUCCAAGUGUGCAGAGAUAGAUCGGGAGAUGAUCAGUGCCCUCGGGGUUUCCAAAUCCGUGCUCAACAACGUCAUUUUCUGCCACCAAGAAGAGUCCAACUGGCCGUUAAGUGAAGGAAAGGCCCUCAAACAAAAAUUCGAUGAGAUCUUUUCCGCAACAAGGUAUAUUAAAGCGCUUGAAGCUCUGCGUCAGGUACGGCUGAAACAAAGCUUGAAGGUAAAAGAGUGUCAGACAGAACUGAAAUAUCUAAAACAAAAUAAAGAGAAAGCCCAGGAAAUCCAGGAUCAUCUUAGCAACAGAGAGGCUCAACUGGCUGCUUCUAAGGAGAAUGUAAAAACAAUUGAGAGCCAGCUUGAACCUCUGAAGAGUUCUCUGGCAGCAGUUGAACAGAAUCUCACAAAAGUAAUGAGGCUGGACAACGAUGUGAAGGCCCUUGAGAGCAGGAGGCAGCAAAUGGAGAAAGAUAAUCAAGAUUUGCAACAGAAGAUGGAAAAGGUUUUCCAAGGAACAGAUGAACAACUAAGGGAUAGGUACCAGAACCACCAGAGAAUAGUGAAGGAGAAGGAGAAGAGAUUGUUGGACUAUAAACGUGACUUGGACAGAGCCACUAAAGAAUGCCAGAGGUUCAACAGUGAGAAAUCAGAGCUGCUUGUUGAACGAGGUCGUCUGCAGCUGCAGGCAGAUCGUCACCAGGAGCACAUCAUGACCAGGGAUUCCUUGAUUCAGUCCUUGGCAGCACAGCUGGAGCUGGAUGGUUUUGAGCGAGCACCCUUCAGUGAAAGGCACAUCACCAGUUUUCACAGGUUGGUGAAGGAGAGACAGGAGAGAGACACAGAAGCUGCAAAUCAUUUGAUGAGAGACUUUGCACGAAAAGAAGCAAUGAAACAAAAACAGAUAGACGACAUGAGAGACAGGAAAACUGGAUUAGAAAGAACCAUUGACCUGAAGUCAGACAUUCAAAAUAAGAAACAUGAUGAGCUGAAGAAAGUCAAAUGUGAAUUGCAGCAGUUGGAGGGGUUUUCAGACAGAAUUAGUGAGCUGGAUGAGGAGAUUGGCAAGACGGAACAUGACCUGGAGAAGGCUGAGAGGAACAGCAGUGUAGAAACGCUGGAACGGGAGGUACAGACUCUGCAAAGUGAGAAAAUAAGCCUGGACAAAGCUCUCAGGAGGUUGGAUCAGGAGAUGGAGCAGUUGAAUCUACACACCACCACAAUUACCCAAAUGGAGAUGCUGAAGAAAGACAAAGCAGAGAAAGAAGAGCAGAUUAGAAAAGUAAAAUCAAGACAUUCUGAGGAACUAACGUCCCUGUUGGGAUACUUCCCAAAUAAAAAACAACUUGAAGACUGGCUUCAUGGUAAAAAUAAAAAGAUUAAUCAGACAAGGGAUACACUUGCUAACCUUAACAAGCGACUGGCAUUGGUAGAAAAUGACAAAACUUACGCCAGUAAUGAGCUGAAAAAAAAGGAAGCACAGUUGUCCCAGCAUGAAGCAAAACUUUUUGAUGUUUGUGGAAGUCAAGAUUUUGACAGUGAUCUGAACAAACUUCAAGAUGAAAUUGAAAAAAGUUCCAAACAGCGAGCUGUGCUUGCUGGAGCCACUGCAGUCUAUUCCCAGUUCAUUACACAGCUGACAGAGGAGAGCCAGUCUUGUUGCCCAGUGUGCCAGCGAGUUUUUCAGACUGAGGCUGAACUGCAGGAUGUCAUCAGUGACCUGCAGUCCAAGCUGCGCCUGGCCCCAGACAAGCUGAAGUCAACAGAGACUGAGCUUAAAAGGAAGGAGAAAAAACGGGAUGAAAUGAUGAGCCUUAAACCACUGAGGCAAACUGUAGUUGAACUCGAAGAAAAGGAAAUUCCAGACCUGAGGAACAAGAUCCUGAAUGCAAACAGAGAUUUAACAGGCCUGAAGGGUGAGAUAGAAGAACAGGAAUCAUUCCUGCAGACAGCUUUGUCUGAGGAGGGAGGUGCCAAAGUGUGUUUACAGGAUAUAACACUGAUGGAAAGGUACCAGACUGAUAUUAGGGAUAUGGAACGAAAAAUUGCUCAGCAGGAGGCUAAACUUAAUGGUUUUAAGAACAGACUGACCAUUUCACUGUUUUCAUCUGCAGUUACUGGUAAAAUUGAGUUGAAUCAGAAGCUCAAGCAGGACCAGCAGAGUCAGAUUCAGCAGCUGAAGAGCACAGUGAACGAGCUGAGGGCGGAGAGGCUGCAGAUUGUGAGCAGCAUGCAGCGCCGGCGGCAGCUGGAGGAGCAGAGCGUGGAGCUCAGCACUGAGGUGCAGUCCUUGGGCAGGGAGAUCAAGGAAGCAAAAGAACAAGUAUUUCCUUUGGAUGCAACUUUAGAAAAACUGCAGCAGGAGAAGGAGGAUCUAGUGAAUAAAAGGACUACAAGUAAUAAAGAAACACAAGAGAAGAUAAAUGGCAUAAAUGAGAAAGUUAAAGAUAUAAACAAGUACACGAAAGAAAUUGAAAACUAUAUUCAACAAGGAAAAGAAGACUAUAAAAAGCAAAAGGAGUCUGAACUUGAUGAAGUAAAUUCUCAUUUGGCUGCCUGUGAGAAACAGAAGGAAAAGAUAAGUAAAGAGAUGGAAGUGACUCGACAAGAUAUUGACACUCAAAAGGUACAGGAAAGGUGGCUGGAGGAUAAUCUGACUUUGAGGAGUCGGAAUGAGGAGCUAAAAAAGGUUGAAGACAAGAUAAAACAACUUAUGAAGGAGAUGGGAGAAAUGAAAGUACCCCAAAUGAAAAAUGAACAAAAGCAUUUGGAGGAGAGAAUAGAAUCUCUGAAGAGGAACCAUCACGUCGCCCUUGGCCGCCAGCGUGGGUUUGAGGAGGAGAUUGUUCGGUUCAGGAAGGAGCUUCGAGAGCCACAGUUCAAAGAUGCAGAGGACAAAUACAGGGACAUGAUGAUUGUCAUGAGAACAACAGAGCUGGUGAACAAAGAUCUGGACCUUUACUACAAGGCUCUUGAUAAAGCAAUAAUGACAUUUCAUAGCAUGAAGAUGGAAGAAAUCAACAAAAUAAUUCGUGACCUUUGGCGAAACAUUUACAGAGGGCAAGAUAUUGAAUAUAUAGAAAUUCGUUCUGAUGCCGACGAGAACGUCUCAGCCGCUGAUAAGAGAAGAAACUACAAUUACAGGGUGGUGAUGGUGAAGGGAGACACGGCCCUGGACAUGCGAGGGAGAUGCAGUGCUGGGCAGAAGGUGCUUGCUUCUCUUAUUAUUCGCCUUGCUCUGGCAGAAACAUUCUGUCUCAACUGUGGCAUCCUGGCCCUGGAUGAGCCCACAACCAACCUCGACCGAGAAAACAUUGAGUCUCUGGCACAUGCCCUCAUGGAGAUCAUAAAAAGCCGCUCCCAGCAGCGGAACUUUCAGCUCCUGGUGAUAACUCAUGAUGAAGAUUUUGUUGAACUUCUGGGCCGUUCUGAGUACGUGGAAACGUUCUACAGGAUCAGGAAGAACACUGACCAGUGCUCUGAGAUCAUGAAAUGCAGUGUCAGCUCCCUGGGCUCCUAUGUUCAUUAGAACCUCCAGUGAGGACACGUUACAGAAGCCUGACUGAUACGUUAUACACUGCCUGGCUUGGCAGAGCUCAGGUGGAGGGGUCUGAAAAUAUGGUUCCUUUGUAUUGUAACCUGUUGAACAUUUGUCACAAUUUUAGCCAGAGUCUAAAACUGUAAGACUUUUAAACUUCAUCUCUUUCUACGUAUUUCUGGAAUUUCUUAGGAAUCGCCAUGAUUUGAAAGAAUUUAAAUGAAUACUAGGCAGUUUAAUUUAGGUGUAUUCUGUGCUUUAAAAGGGAAAAUAAAGUUGUGAGUUCUUUGUUUAUGUCCUGUUGGGGAGAUCCAUUGCAGAUUCUCUGGAACAGCUGCAGCUCUGUCAAUGGAAUAGGGCCUGCCUUCCAUCUCUGGCAAGGUCAGCAGGGGUGGGUGUCUUGUGUUCAUAGCCACCCACCUGGUCUACCCAAAAUUCACAAGCUUCAAAUGGAACUUUUACUACUUUCUGUACAAGAUAGCCUAACUCUGGCUGCUCAAAGACACAGUCUUCCCCAAGUCUAACAGCUUGUUUGAGAAUAAAGCAAAGCCCUGUCUCUAACCAGA